GCCUCUCCCUGGUCUGUUCUGUUCUGUCUGACCAGGAAGAUGGUUUCAUGUGUCGCCUGCACUUCCAAUAACAGUCCUUGCUGAUCCUCCUCUCCCUCCUCCUCCUCCUGCUGCUCCUCGAACUCCCCGAUCGACCUUUCCCCCCCUAAUCAUGUCGCCUUCGCCUAGCCCUUCCUCCCUCUCUCCUACACGUCCUACCUCCUCUGUACCACCUUUUUCGCCUUCUUCCUCCUCUACUGCGGCCUCCCCCCGACCCACUCAAGCCCAAUUGACUCUCGCUGCUUUGGCCAGGUCGCCGUCAUCACCCCGGACUAUGCGAGGCUUGCGCAAGAUCAAGUCCCAUCAGAUCCUCUCCUCCCAUCCUCCUCCACCACCCUCAUCCGGACGCCUCUCGGCUGGCGCGGAGGAGCUUCCCGCGCCCGGACCCCAACUCGAUUCCCCCGUGCGGCUUCGCAGUACACAUCGCCGCGCACGUUCUAAUAGUGACGCUUCCUCCCGGGAGCCUCCCAUACUCACCGCGCACCGAAGACCCGGUAGAAAGACUGGGUCGGGAUUUGGAGUCAAGCGGUCGUUGCUUGAGUCGCUCUUGCGCGACGGUCCGCAAAAUGGGAACGUCCGAGAAGGACUAGAGGAGCUGCGUUAUCUUGUCCUCUCGACGCGAGUCGAAGCAGACGCAGAUGGCAUGUCUACCUACCGAGUUUAUCUCUGGCUCGUUCUCCUCGAUACGCCGCCCGUAUCGACCGACGAAUACCUGUCACUUAUCCAUCGAGGCCGUUCCCCCGCCUACGCUAAGAUUCGCAAUGAUACUUUCCGCACCCUAGCCACCGAUCCCCUUUUCAAACGACGCGUCACAGAAGCCAGUCUGAUCCGACUCCUUAAUGCUGUUGCGUGGAAGCUUCACGAUGCGAAGAGCAAGCGUCGCGCCCGUCCGCGACUCUCGACCGGUCGUCGGCGCGAGAUGGAGCUCCUUAUCAAUACACCCCCAAGCAUAGCGGAAGAGCCCUCCCCGAUGGGAAGCACUCCCGGGAGUGUGAUCAGCAACAGCACCAGCAGCGCUUUUGGUAGUCCUGGCAUCACAAAUGAGUCCGCUAUCUACGUGCAGGGAAUGAAUGUACUCUGCGCUCCGUUUCUCUAUGCCGCCCGCAGUGAAGUGGAGGCUUUCGCCUUGUUCCAUUCGUUCAUCCUCCGUGAAUGUCCGGGCUACAUCCGAGGAGCCAUGGAUGGCGUCCACCGGGGUCUGCGACUUGUCGAUCGAUGUUUGGAGAUCGUCGAGCCCAAAUUAGCAGCCUACCUCUUCUCCAAGGGGCUGCAGGCUGAGUUGUAUGCAUUCCCCUCUGUGUUGACCCUGUGUGCGUGCACGCCGCCCCUACCGGAGGUUCUGCAUCUCUGGGACUUCCUAUUCGCCUAUGGACCACAUCUGAACAUUCUAUGCAUCGUUGCGCAAUUGAUCCGAAUGAGGGAUAUGAUUCUCGAGAGUCCAAGUCCCAACAAAGUCCUCCGCUCCUUUCCUCCUCUCGACGCCAAGGAGAUCAUAGCCUUGACCGUCUUGCUGGUCCGCAAGAUUCCCGAACCGCUCUACGCCGAACUAAUCAACCACGCUAAAUGAAGCUCCUGCGCUUGCCCGCUUUGCUUAUUCGCCUUGCCCCUAGCCAGGCACAACUUAAGAUGCUCCCGAAUGAGCCCUAUCGCGGACUCGAGAAUCGAUGCAUUAGCUGACUCCCGCCUUCUCACCCCUCCUAUCCCAACUUCCCCGAGAAACAUACGAUACCCCUCUCCACCUAACCUAACCUACCUUAUCCAAACACAUAUGAUACCUGCUGCCAUGAGUUCCAACGAGAUGAAACGACCAUUU